UCGGUAGCUGAGGGGAGGGUGCUGUCUAUUUUUAAAAACCCAGAACGCAGCAUAUUUGAAGCGAAGCUGCAGCCUAGCUGAUUCUGUCUGGAUUCACAGAUCCGCAGCGUGAGUAGCCCGGAGCACACAUCCAGAUGCCUCGCAGCUUCCUGUCCUUCUGUCCUCCUCUGCAGACACACAGCCGCAGCUCCCUGCCUCCGUGCAGGAAAAGGCUGCAACCAUGGGCAGCAUCCCAGCAGCAGGAGGGAGAGGAGCGGCCAGCGUCCCUGCCUGAGUGACAGGUUUCAGCCACAUUAUGACAGAGUUAGAAGCUUCUGGGGCAGGGGAGCCUCCCCCGUCCUACAUGAUUUUUCUGGUGGUCUUCCUCUUCUUCCUGACUGGUCUGCUGGGCUUUCUUAUCUGCCACCUGCUGAAGAAGAAGGGAUACCACUGCAGAACCGGAGAACUGGAAGAUGAAGAGGACAAGCUUGGAGAAGAUGUAGAUGAUGAGAAUGAUGAGAACCAGGACACUGUGGAGCAGAUUCUUAAAUGUAUCAUGGAAAAUGAAGCCAACAUGGAAGCCUUCAAUGAGAUGUUAGGAAACCAUAACAUCUGCGUACGCCAUGAUCCAAGGUUACGUAAGGAGUCCAUUGGUGGUGUUCCUCCACAUAUUCAUACAGUCCACUCAGGCACCGACCACAACUCCUGCCUCCUCUGCGCCCAGGUUCGAGCGAAAAAGGGUCGUAGACAAAGCAGAACCCCCCGCGUCAAACAACGGCCUGGAGAGCAGACUGUUUUUUCUGUUGGGAGGUUUCGGGUGACACACUCUGAUAACAAGCUCCAGGGAGGUCCUAAUUCGUUGGCUGUUUCGAGGGACCAGUUGGACCAGUCGCAAGAUAGUGAGGAGAGAAAGGAUGACGGAUAUAAUCUGAAAAAUAUGUUUAAGGAUGUCCAGCCACCUUCAAAUGGUGGCAAUGGCGUUGCUGCAAACAUGGAGAAAAGAAAGAAGAGUGUGACAAUAUUUGGGCUGAGACGGGGCAGUGAUCCUUUAGGUUUGAGUGUAAAGGCGAGGGCAGGGAGAGAGACUGGAGGGGGUGGAUUUGCUGUUCAGCGGCCACCUGUAGUGCUGGAGGAACCCGUACAGGCAAGGAAUAUAAAGGCUAAUCCAGCUGCCAAGCUGAAUACUAAGCCUGCUCCAGCUCAGCCUGAACUUAAAACUUCAAUUCUGAAAAAAUUCCCCAACUCUAACUCUGGUCCUCAGGAAGGUUCCAAAGUUGGGCUGAGUUCUGACCUGCAAGAAAAGGUGACCACUGUAGCCUCUGCUCCUACCUCCCUGCCUAUUUCACCUGAGAAAUCUGUAAAUGUCGACAAUAGAGCAUUAAGGAUUGAAGAUCCUGGACCUCUACAGACCUCAACCCCUAUUGAUACCAUACCUGCACCAAUUCCAGUUUUCACCUCUCUUAUGGCCACUGGCCAGUCCAAUUUGAACCAACACUUUAUGGCUGUCCAAGCUUCCUCUGACCCGUGUUCCAGCCCAGAUCCAGAACCAGCCAUCAGUAGCGGCCUCACUUUAAUAAGCUUAGGUUCAUCUCCUGCAUUUUCCCUCCAAAACAAGACCUUUUCAUCAGUCUCUUCUUUAAAAACACCUACUUCAUCCCUGACAGAGUCACCAAGCCCCAAAAGCAGCUUAAGAAACAUAACAACAGAGGCAACCAAGACCAUACCAUUAUCAGUACUAGCCCCAUGUUCUUCUCCAACUGCAGCUUCACCUCACCCAACCCUGAAGUCAGAAAGUUUGAUUUCUGUAAGUUCUACAACGCAAGGAGACAUACUUCCAAGUUCACACAAACUAGAAGGACAGACUGAUGAAAACAGAAGGGCUGGUAUCCUAAAAACGCCUAAACUGUCUCCAGUUGCUUCAGGGGACCCAGCCUCUUCUUCAGAGCAGAUUUUUAAAGACAGACUGAGCAGUUUGCCUUUGUCACCCUCCAGACCACUGUCACCUUCCUCACUCCAAAGGAGUGGAAUAAGUAGUGUAACAAUUGUUAAAGCUAGUCCUGACAGCAAGAGAGAGUUCUCUGUUUCUUUGGUAGACAAAGAAGAUGCCUCCUCAGAGGACCACGAAGAUGAGAGUCCUGAAAAUGGAUUUAAAUCAGAGAAAGUGAAAAUAAGCCCAGCUGACAAAAUGCAAGAAGACAUUUUUGUUGGAGAAUCUGAGAUUCAGAGCAGAGACACCUCAGGAGUAGAAGCUAGACUGUAUCUAGAUCAGGACAAGGAUGACAUGAUGGAGAUGGAAGAUAUUAGAGACUGCAAGGUGACACAGGUGGAAAGAGCCAUAGGUUCGAGAGAAGAGCCUGAAAAGAUCAUAGAUAAUCAACCAAAACAGAACCAAGAAGGGAAGUCUCAAUAUGAUAAAGAGUUCAGUGCAUUCUGUAACGAUCCAAGGAGAGAAAAAAACGAUACCACAAACUGAACUACAAGAAAAGACAUGUAAUAUUAUAAAUGACAAAAAAUUAUGAUGAGCAUUCUUUGGUUCAUUUAACCACAGAUGAUCUUAGAAAAAUGUUUGUUUUCUGUUUUUAGCCAUGGGCGGCUAACUGACACCAGACUGGCAUAUUUGUUGGUGUAAUGGUUAUGGUCAGUUAUCUCAUGGUUAUGGUCAGUUUACCACCAAUACCGUCAUAAGGCUGACAUCUCAUUGGGUUAUGAAUGAACAAUACCACUGGCAUCAUCUCCUAAAUGACAGUUCAAGAGUUUCACUUAAUGCCCUGAAAUGUCUCUAAAAACUCAAAUGACUGGAGCAAAGUGUCUCCACACAUUUAUGGGAUGUCAUUCUGUAACUUCUCCACAUUACCACAUAGUUGUUUCUGAUUCUGUUCUAGAUUUUGCCUUAGUAUCAUCCCUUUUCAGAUAUUCACACAUGUUCCCAAGGUAUACAUCCAGAACCCAUCUGUAAGACAUCAUUAAGAGUGAUAAAACUGGCCUUUUUUAAAUAUGAGGAAAUUAUCCAUAAGGGGAAAAUGAUGGGAGCCUUUCCAUUAUUAAUCUGUUGGCAGCUCAUAUCUGUGCAGCUAUAUUACCCAUUGAAAACAUCCUGUCACCGCUGAUAACUCCAGUACAAGUUGGACAAACUUCACGUAAUGCCUCCACACAGUACAGCUUUCUUCAGUGGAAUAGUGACAGCAGAGGUCAGAGAAAGUCAUUUUUUGCAAGUCUUUUCAAUCAAGUCUUGAGUCAAGUUCCCAAUUAAAGACAUUCAGGUACCUAUACAAAAUCUGGAAGUCCAGAGUCAAGUCCAAGUCCAAAACUUUGAAUUUUCCUUAUCAAGUCAUAAGACCAAAUAUGUAAUUCAGUUACAGAGUAAUAAUACAUAAUUCAAAAAAUAAUAAAAGGUGUAUUUAUUUGCCAGAGAAAGGAGACCAUUAAAAUGAAAAGACAUUAAUCUGAAAUAAAAAGUGCAGACUUUGAUGACAGCAAAAAACCUGGGACUCCAAAAAAGGCUUUUUGUUUUGUUUUUUACUAUACCUGUCUCAAAUUUAAACAAUGACCAAAAAAUAAAAUGAAAUACAUUUACUUUAAGACUGUUGUUACUCCAAAGUGUCAGCCUGCAUGUUAAAUGUAUAAAUUAAAUAAGAAAUAAAUGCAAAAAACAAAAGAUACUUCCCAAAAUACAGUUCUAAAGUUACUCAACUAUUUUGUGGGGCAAUAAUCUGUCUUGUUAAUGAUUGUGUCUGAGGGACUUUCAUAAAGCUAAAGACAUUAACAGUGAUCAUGUUGAAUUUUUGAAUGAAUCAAGACCUGUGUAAUGACUAAGUUCACACCUGUUUGUUCUUGUCUUCAUAUUGUCCACUCGUUCAAUAUAUAUUACACCAAUUAAGGUUUAGAGGGUUUUCUUUUCCUCACUCUGAGCUGGAGAAACUUUAUGAAUAUUGAGAAACAUUUUCCAAAUCUACAUUUCAAACAUUUGUUCUCAAUUCUAAAUAGUAAAGAUGUUCAAAUUUAAAGUAUUAAUUACAAAAUGAACAAUGAACAAGGCAAAGUGUAGUAAGUAAAUAAAUGUGUUCUUCAGAAUGAAA